ACCAACAAACAUGAUCCAACUAAUCGUGACGAAUUUGAAAGAAUUAGAGCAUCAGGUGGGUAUGUUUCUGGUGAUGGAUAUCUUGAUGGAGAAUUGACGAUUUCUCGUGGUGCUGGGUUUUUCAAUUUCUUGCCCCACACUCAUUCAGGUCCAAGUAUCAAUGAUAUUUCUCUUGCAUCAAAUGAUGAAGUGUUGAUUAUGGCCACCAGAAUGUUGUGGGAUUAUAUUACUUUUGAGUUGGCGGUUGAUAUCAUCAGAAGUGAAAAGGAUGAUCCAAUGAUUGCUGCCCAGAAGUUGCGUGAUUACGCUAUAUGUUAUGGUGCCACUGAUAAGAUUGCAGUUAUCAUUGUUACUUUUGGUGAACGUAAGAAGCGUGGAAGUAAUAUCUUGUUGUACAACAAUUUAGGACAUGAAGCUGAUUACUUUGGAUAUAAGAAGAAACGUGUGGCUGGUGCUGCUCAAGAUUCUACAUUACGAAGACUAGAUGAUGAAAUUGAGCCCCCAGUUGGAGAAUUGGCAUUGAUUUUCACCGAUAUCAAGAAUUCUACGUUGUUGUGGGAUUCUUAUCCUGCUCCAAUGAGAUCGGCCAUUAAGACGCAUAACUCGAUUAUGAGACGACAAUUGAGAUUGGUUGGUGGUUAUGAAGUCAAGACGGAAGGUGAUUCGUUUAUGGUUGCAUUUCCAUCGCCCACAUCGGCAUUAUUGUGGUGUUUUAAUGUUCAACAGAAUUUAUUAACUGCCGAUUGGCCGUCAGAAAUCUUGGAAACUGACCAAUGUUGUGAAGUAACUGAUUCUGAAGGAAACAUCAUAUAUCGUGGUCUUUCAGUUAGAAUGGGGAUCCAUUGGGGUUCGCCUGAUUGUGAACGAGAUGUUGUCACCCAAAGAAUGGAUUAUUAUGGUCCUAUGGUUAAUAGAACCAGUCGUGUUAGUGCAGUGGCUGACGGGGGACAAAUCUGUGUCACGAGUGAUUUCCUUGAUGAAAUGAAUCAGUUGUACGGCAUUCACGAAAAGAUUGUUCUGGGUGAAAAGACAUUUGAAGAAGCAUACCAGGGGAAUGUGCGUGCUGGAGAGAUUAUAGAAAAGGAAAUUAAAGGUAUUGAAGAAAACGGGUGUCAUUACUUUGAAUUGGGUGAACGUAAGUUGAAAGGUUUAGAAACUCCCGAGUUGAUCACUUUGGCGUAUACUGAUAAGUUGAAAUUGCGUUAUGAGAUAUUCAAGAAACGAUUAGGACGUGAGAUAGACAAGGCUCAUAGCACCCGGGUUGUGGGUACAUUGCCAGUGGAGAUCAUCUACGGGUUAAGAACUGUCAGUUUGAGAUUGGAAAACGUAUGUUCUGCAAUCAACGGGGGUACGUAUCUCAAUGAAGAGUUUGAACAGCAUUCCUCGGGAAUGAUUUCGCAAAAGAUGAAGACGACCUUUAAAGAAGUUGACUUGAUUGCGUUGUUGAACCACAUUGUUACUAGAAUCGAAAGUUGUUCUUCGAUGUUGUACUUGAGACAGCAAAUGAGUAUUGCCAGUGGAAACGAUGGAUUUAUUGACAUUUUUAAUUCGGUUCCAAUUGGGAACAUUAUGGAUGAAUUAAACCAAAUUGUUGAACAAUUUAACAUAUAUAAAAAGACUAUUGAGUAGUUUAUGUGUAUAUAAUAUACGUGUAUAACUGUAUGAUUGAGCAAAUGUCGCGGUGUCGCCAAUGUUGACACAAUUUUUUCGCGACAUUGCAUAUUUUUAUCCAAUGUAAACAUUUGCUGUCUAAAGGGUCACAACCACGUCCAACAACCAAUCCCCCUCCUCCCCCCCCCUCUCCCUUCAAUGUCGCCGUCCAUACCCAACGCUACUCUCAGGAGUUUAGCGGCACGGACCAAAUUCUUGCAAUUGAAACAUAAUUCCCAAUCUGCAUCCAUCAAUUGCGGACCUUCCGAUUUGGUGCAUCGGGCAAUUUAUGCCGGGUCCCGAUCAGCAUUGUACCACCAUUUGGAUUUCAAAGGGGAAAAAUCCGAGUCUACUCGUACCGUCGACGAUGACGGAUAUGUGGGAUACUAUCACUAUGUGAAUGGAAUCAGAUUUGAAGCACUUGCUGACGACAUCGAGGAAUACGUCGUGGAAUUGUUGGCAUUAAAGAAAAAUGAAGAAGGCAAACGCGACAUCAUUGUAAGCUAUUGCAGCUACAACAUGUUCCAUCGACUGGAUUUCCGCGCCAGGUUUGUUAUUCAACCUGCCUCCGCAGGUUCUACAUUGCCUGUGACCAUUGACAAGUCCUAUCAAGUUAUACCUAUUGGCGACAACCGGAAAACUGUAAGUUACAACAACGGUACUAUAAACCAGCUUUCUCCUGGGUAUUGGGAAGAACUUCGAGCAUCGCAUUUAAUUCGGUUAUUUCAUCAAAUUGACAACCCGGAGAGUCAACUUGCAGGAACCGUCAAUUAUACCAACUUUAUCGACACUUUUGAUUCAUUAAUAACAUCAGUCAAGAUUUUGAUCAAGUAUUUACCACGAGCAAGCAUGUCUGGCACAAGGGCUGGGUAUGGAACUCCUACUGCAUGUGGAAACAAAGGUGAUUUGGUGUACAAGACAAGUCAUUACCGAAACAAGCUUGUGGAUGCUUUAUUAAGAUUAGUUAGUCUCGAUUUAACUGGAGAAAUUGUUGAUAUUGCCAUCAGCGAGAUUAGACAGAGGUUUUAUCAAGGCGCCACUAACGGACCAUACGACUAUGUUAUUCUUCGGUUAUUAAAGAACAAACGUGGUGGGGAUAAUGGAGAACUUGAGUAUUUGGCAUUGAUACAUUCUUCAAUCAACUAUCAUGGAUUAUACACGACCCAAUCGGGGCUAAUCCUUUUAGACCAAGUGAAUUUCUUGAUUUGCAAAAACAGGUGUGAUAUCGCGUUGCCCAUAGCCAAGAAGUGUGUAUUAAUACUUCCUUUGGACUUUGAUUGUUGGUAUUAUCUUGCAUUGUGUUAUAUCUUGACGGAAGAUUAUAGUCAAGCUUUGCUUGUGAUUAAUUCCUUGCCAGUUAACAUUCAGCCAUCACGAGAAUUUGAAUCUAAUGGAUUCACGGGAGGAAUCAAGGAUUUCUUUAUAAAUUCGUUCUUGGUCAGAUUGAACCAUUCAAUGCAAGAUGAAGAAGUUAUUUCUGAAAAGUCUUUUAAUGAUUUCUUUCCUAAUCCAAAGGUUAAACCAUACAAGUCAGGCAAUUAUGAUGUUGAUGAGGCCAGCAUUAGUAAAAUGUGGCACGAUUUAUUCUUGUUUAACCCCCACUUACGUCAUCCUAUAGUGGGGCAUUAUUUUGCCCAAUCGCUGUUGGUGAAUAGUUCUCCUUUGGAGAUUGCUUCUGUGGACACGGCCUUGAUUAAGAUAUAUGGACCUGGAUCCGUCAAGAAUGCGCUUGCGUCACAAUCGGAAGGAGUUGGUCAUAGUUCCAUGACUAAAUUCAUGAGGAAAUCCGUGUGGGGAAGAAGUUAUGAUUUACUUAGUAUGAUGAUUGCCGUGAUUGGGUGGGAUGAGGUUAUUGCACUCAAGGAGAAGGUGUUUAAACGGAAUGAAACAGAAGAGUCGCUAGAUGAAUACACCGUUGAUCACUCGUCCCCCGUUGAGAAAUUAGUCCAGUGCGAGCCAUGGUUGGAACAAUUGUUUGUGAUUAUAUAUGAAGAUUUACGCGUGUUGAUGAUUUCGAUUUCAAAUAACCAAUCACAGCAACGAAGUGCCUUAGAAUGGGCAAUUUUGGGGUCUAUUGGUUGGAAUGUCAAGUACAAUUUACGUGAGUCUAUAAGUUCAAUAGUCACCAGUGUUAUCGGGGCUAACGUCGAAGGCGGAUUUGAUUAUUUUGGAAUUGUGCAACUUCUUGAAAUCUAUGACGAGUUUGUAUUGAGUGAUGUCAAUGAUUCUUUUAUUGAUGUUAUCGGCGAUGAUUAUGACGGAUUAAUGUUUAGCAACAAGAUGAUCUUGAAAUGUUGGGGUAAACUAGGUACUAUUGAUUCCUUAGUUGAAGAAUACCUCUCGCUUGACUUUGUGUUGUUGUGUAUGAUUAAAUUGUUGAGUUGGAAUGUCAGAUGGUACCAAUAUGUUCCCGAUUACCGCAUCAUUAAAGUAUUGACCAAGCUACUAGUUCAGUACGAUCUGGUAUAUAUAAUGACACGCAUUAAGAUCAUAUUUGAACAAAACAAAAAACAUCAAACCAACAAGAGAAAGUUUUCCUUGGGUGGGUUGUUAAAGAGUAAGGUUGAAGAGCCUAAGGAACAGUACGAGUUUGACAAAGAUGAUACAAUUUUCGAUUAUAUGGAACGAGUGAUUAACUGGAUUGACAGUUUAAAACAAUAGAAGCUGUAUAUACAUAAAAAGCACGUCCCUCCCAUUUAUUGGGACUUUUUUACCUUGUUUGCACCCAAAACCUUCUUUCUUUGCUUAAUCAUGUAGGUGUACAACAUGUAGAAACCAGGAAUGUAAACAACAAGAAUAGCCUUCAAUGCCCAAGCAUACCAGGCACCAACGACGUUUUCAGCUUCGCCCAAGGAUAAAAUAACUGAGUAAACUUCGGAAAAGACACCGGUUGGAUACAAAACGUAGAAAGUAGAGUAUCUCAACCAAGUUAAAUAUUGACUUGGUACAACACUGGCGCCAGCUCUCAAGUUGCUGGCAUAGUAACUGUAUCUGAUGAUUUCUGUGAUUGACCAACUCAAACAUAAGGUAAUGUAACACCAAUGGAAGUUUGCUGGGGAUUGUGGUAACAACUGGUGGAUUCCCCAUACAAUCAACAAUCUUGAGAAAACUUGAGUUACAGUGGUAAAUAAAGGAGACUUGACGAAUCCUAAAGCGGAAUUGAAGAUUUCAACCACGGCAAGGGUUUGAAUUAACGCGGUGGAGAAAUUAGUCUUGAUGAAUACAUAUGGCUGUCCAACUGUAAGGGCAAGGAAUACGGUAUUGAAAAGCACCAAAGACCAAAGGGAGGCCAGGAUCGAAUUGUAGGCAAUCAAGUAUCUCUGAGGAUGGGCCAGUUGGUUAGACUUGGCUGGAGCAGACUUUACUGGAGCAGACAUGUUGCUGUUUCUGGUGGGAGGGGGGCGGAAGUUGUUACU